AUGCUUAUGUCUGCGGAUAGUUCAGAUUGUAGUACUAUUACAAAAAUGCCAAUAACAUCGGUAAUACGCGUCCAAGUUCCAUCAAGUACAUCAAUUAUGCCAACUAAUAAUAUACUACCAACACCAAGUUCGGUUACUAAAAAUAAUGAAUGUUCAAGACCCUCAUCAACAAUAAUGUCAAAUACAAUGCCAACAAGCUCAUCUUCAUCAUCAGCUUCAAAUCAACAACAGUCUAAUAUUUCAAGACCAAUGCAAUGUAAUCAAUAUAAUCAUCAUCAGCAACAGAAUAAUACAAUAAAUACUGUUGCAUCAAGAAAAUAUCAAACAAUUCAACAACAAUAUUAUCCAAAUGAUACAACAAUAAUUAAAAUAAAAACUGAACCAUCAGAGGAAAAUUUAACUUCAACAUCAUCAUCACCCACUUCACUUUUGACACCGUCAUCAUCAGGUCAACAUCACUACAAAUCCAAUAAUAUUAAUUGUAAUAUUAAUGGUGAAAAUCAUUCAAAUGGAUUAACGGUUAUUUCACGUAAAAUCCCUCACAGUAAUGUUAUAUAUGUGAAUAGUAGCCGAAGUAGAUCUCCAACACCAACACGGUCUCAACAACAGCAACAGCAAUUACAACAACCUCAAAUGCAUUCAACAUCUCAUCAACAUCAAAUUCAUCAAGAACAAUUGCUUUUACCACCACCACCACCGCCACCGCCUAUAUCUAAUAAUAUGAAUUCUGGAUCACAAUUAAAUUCACAAAAUCCUUUAAUGGGUCCUCCAGCUAUAUCGAAUCUUCAUCAUCAACACCAUCAGCAUUAUUCUGAUACUCACCAUAGUAACAACUCUUUAAAUAAUAAUCGCUGUAAUAGUUUAAAUAACUUACACUCAAAUAAUUAUAUUAGUGGUGGUAAUAAUUACCAAAAUAAUAAAAUUUCAAUUAAUAAUAAUAAAUUUAAUAAUAUAAAUGGAAAUGUUUCAAAAUGUGAACAAAAAGAUCAUAAUAAUGGACCAAGUUGCCCUAUGCGAGAAAGAUCUAAUUCGCUUGGUUGUAUUGUUGUUAGUACGAGCGGUGAUACUAACUCUGAUAAAUAUUAUAACAAUUGCAACAAUAUAACAAGUAGAUCAUUAUCCAAUUCUGUUACAUCAUUAAUUGGUAAUGAAAACGGUCAUCAUCAUAACAAUAAUAAUAAUAUUAAUAUUAAUCAUAAUAACAAUAAUUAUAAUGUUAAUAACUCUGGAAAUAUGAUCGUUAAUAAUCAAGAUUUAAGACCUCAAACUCCUGAUUAUAUAAAAAGCUACCCAGUAAUGGAUACUACUGUUGCUAGCUCUGUUAAAGGAGAGCCUGAUUUAAAUAUUGAAUUUGACGGUACAACAGUUCUAUGUCGAGUAUGUGGUGAUAAAGCUUCCGGUUUCCAUUAUGGUGUUCAUUCAUGUGAAGGGUGCAAGGUGAGUUGAAAUUUAUAAAUUAAAAUUCACUAUAUUUGAGCUUUAAAAAUGGUAUACAUGAACGCCUCUUGAAAAUAUUAUAUUUAAAAACGGUAAGUAGAAACAAAAAACAAAAUAUUCAUCCAAAAUAUAUGCAAUUUUUUUUUAGAUUGAAAUAUUAAAAAUUUACUUUAGCCUGAAUAUAUGCAAUACUUUUUUAUUAAUAUUUGAAAUGAAAUUUCCCAAACUUUUUAACUUAUUUUAAAGCUUUUCAGAAUUGUAG